AUGCUGCGAACAUUGCGUUUGCUCGGUUAUGUCGCGGCUGUUACAGCCCAGUUCAACAUCUCGCAUACUCAGUAUGACACAAGUCCUCCAGUGUACCCGUCGCCUCAAACCAAUGGAGCGGGAGGUUGGGACGCAGCACUGGAGAAAGCUCAAGCAUUUCUGGCUGAAUUGACACUCGAGGAGAAGGCUCAAAUGGUGACAGGCACUUCCGGGCCCUGCGUUGGCAACAUAGGACCAAUUGAGAGACUCAACUUUACUGGUCUAUGCCUACAUGACGGACCACUCGCCAUUCGUCAGGCGAUCUAUGUUUCCGUCUUCUCCGCUGGUGUCUCAGCUGCAGCUUCAUGGGACCGGCCCCUGGUCCGCCAACGCGGGGUGUACAUAGGCGCAGAAUUCAAGGGUAAAGGUUCUCACGUUGCUUUGGGCCCCGUCAUUGGUGCUCUUGGCCGUUCACCGUUCGCCGGACGCAACUGGGAAGGCUUUAGUCCAGAUGCCUAUCUCUCUGGUGUGCUUGUGGAAGAGACCGUUCACGGCAUUCAAAGUGCUGGAGUACAAGCGUGCACCAAGCACUACAUCGUCAACGAGCAAGAGAUGCAAAGGAACCCUUCUGUUGUCAACGGAACCACCAUCGAGGCUAUCAGCUCCAAUGUAGACGACAAGACCAUGCAUGAGACUUACCUUUGGCCUUUCGCAAACGCUGUGCGCGCCGGCACAUCUGCAAUCAUGUGCUCUUAUCAGCGUAUCAACGGUAGCUACGGCUGCCAGAAUAGCAAGACCAUCAACGGUCUGUUGAAAGACGAACUGGGCUUCAAAGGUUACGUGAUGAGCGAUUGGCUUGCAACUCAUUCUGGUAUUGCUUCCAUCGAGGCUGGUCUGGACAUGAACAUGCCCGGCGGUCUCAACUUCCUCAGCCCCACACCGUCCUUCUUUGGAGGUAACGUCACGACAGCCGUGAACAAUGGAUCUCUUGCACUCGACCGAGUGAACGAUAUGGUUCUUAGAAUCUUGACGCCGUAUUUCCAUUUGCAUCAGGAUGUUGACUUCCCACCAGUUGAUGGUUACACUCCACGCCUCGGGUUUUUUGGUCCUGGCCCGUAUCCAUACAACUUCACCCUCGGCCCCAUUGUUGACGUUCGUCAGGAGCAGCACGCACAACUGAUCCGAGACCUUGGUGCAGCCGGGACGGUAUUGCUGAAGAACACUAACAGAACUUUGCCCUUGAAGGCCCCCAAGAACAUUGGCGUCCUCGGCAAUGAUGCAGCUGACUUCAGCAAGGGCCAAUGCUCACUUGUCAUCAGCGGCACAAACCUUGGUGACGGUGAUUACAAUAUUGGCACUCUUGCCGUUGGUGGCGGAUCUGGCACCGGUCGCUUCCCUUACCUUGUGUCCCCUUUGGAGGCCAUCAAGACUCGUGGUCGCUCUUAUGGAGGAACUGUGCAGUACAUCACUGACAACGAUUACAUCGUUCAAGGUGGUCUCGCUGCCCUUGCGCCUGUGCCACCAGAUGUUUGCAUCGUAUUCUUGAAAUCCUGGGCGAGCGAAGGAAAUGACCGCUCAACCCUGAUCGCAGAGUGGAACUCCACUGCUGUCGUCAACCAGACUGCUGCCAUCUGCAACAACACUGUCGUGGUGCUUCACGGUGCAGCACCGAACACGAUGCCGUGGCGCAACAACCCCAACGUUACUGCUAUACUGGCAGCGCACAUGCCCGGGCAGGAGUCUGGAAACUCUAUCGUCGACAUCUUGUGGGGUGAUGUUAACCCUUCUGGCAGGCUACCGUACACUAUCGCUAACGAAGAGACCGAUUACGCAAAGAAUCUGAUCAACAGCACGGAGCUUGUUACCACAACCGAUCCCAAUGCCUGGCAAGCAGACUUUGUUGAGAACAACCUGAUCGAUUAUAAGGAGUUCGAUGCACUGAACGUCAGCGUAGCUUUCGAGUUCGGCUUCGGAUUGAGCUACACCACGUUCAACGUUUCCAACCUACAGAUUGAAGUCAGCGCUAGCAAUGUCUCGAGGACGCCGAAUCCCGCCGCCCCAAUCCAACCAGGUGGUAACGUUGAGCUCUGGGCAACACUUGCUACUGUUAGCGUGACUGUGUCCAACACGGGUUCACUUUCUGGCGCUACAGUUCCUCAGCUGUACCUCUCGUAUCCAGAGGAAGCCGAUGCACCCGUGCGCAGUCUGCGAGGCUUCGAGAAGAUUGCACUCAGUGCUGGUACAUCUGGAACCCUCAACUUCCCGCUCACUCGACGUGAUCUGAGUUACUGGGAUACGACAACGCAGCAAUGGGCAUUGCCGACUGGUGAUAUCCGUGUGUAUGUUGGUUUCAGCUCGAGGAACUUGCCUCUCCAGGGCAGUCUUACCGUCUAG